AUGGCCCGCAAAGAUACGAAUAUAUCUCCCUCCCUACGCCAGAUUUUAACCACGCCGUCUACCGCCGCCCUCGAAACCUUUGAUGCCUGGAACUCAGUUGGAACAGGCCACCAGCGCGCUGAGCUGAACCAAACAAACUCAUCAGGCUGGAAUAAAGUAAGGAGCCAGAAACUAUCGGCACAAUACGGCAAGGGGAGAGAUGGCAAUGCAAAAGCCGCGGCCGAGGCCGGGGAGUGGGUGUUGUCAGAUAAAGCAGGACGAAAGAAACUCGGUCGAUUUAAUGAUGGGAAUGGAGAUAUCAGGUCCUUUAUGGGAGGUGUGAAGAAGAGACGGGUAGAGAGCGAGAAGGAUAACGAGGUAGCUAAGCGGUUAAGGACGAGGGAAGAGCAGGGAUUCAAACGGCACGAUACCCACGAUGACACGAUAAUGAGUUUGGAAAGAAGUAAAGGGGCUAUAUCCUUUGACCGUGAUGAUCUCAUGAAUGCCAACGAAACAAAUACCUCAACCUCAAUACACGCAUCUAACGACAGCAAUGAUAGAGACAAAGAUACUAACAAGGAGAAACGAAUAUUCGCUAAUCUAACAAUAUACAUCAACGGUUCCACCUUGCCGCUAAUAUCAGAUCAUAAGCUGAAAAAUACCCUCAUCGACCAUGGCGCGAAGAUAUCAAUUGGCCUUGCAAGACGGAGCGUCACACAUGUUAUUCUUGGCUGUCCUAACGGGAAUGUCAAGGGGAAUGAUGAUGGUAUUUCCAAUGGUGGUGCUGGAGGGGGCCUUGCGGCUGGAAAACUACAGCGUGAGAUAAGUCGUGUUGGCGGUAUGGGGGUUAAGUUUGUUGGUGUUGAGUGGGUGUUGGAAAGUAUCAAGGCAGGAUGCCGACUGCCUGAAGCGCGGUUUGCAAAUUUACAUCUUGCCUCGUCUAAACAGAGGAGUGUUUUGGAUUUUACGGUCAAGUAG